UUGUGAAGGGUGACAAUGUUUGGGUUGCGUUCAAGAGCCGCCGCCGCGUCCUGUGUCUUCACUGCUGUAGUCCCGAGAUUUAGUAAAGUAGCCGGCAGAAUGGCAGCACCAGAAGGCUCUAGUGUAGAAGUACUCACAGUUAGCUUGAAUACCUUGCGCUCCCUGAGGAGUACAGUCACUCAGUUUUUGAAGACGCUUGCUGAAGGACCUAAGUAUGAAAAUGACCAAGAUGGAGAAGGAGACUUACUGGAAGUGACAACAAAGGCCAUGGGAGAGAUUAGGAAUAAGUUAAGAGAACUGGAAACACAAAUGGCUGGGCUUACACCAUCUUCCGUUCCAGUAAAUUUAGGAAACACUGGCUUACUAUCUCUGGAUCCUUCUCCUGACAAGUUACCUCAGUAUUACCAGUUACUUGACUGUUAUACAUAUAUGGAAAAGGUGCAUAGUUACUCUACAACUCUGCACAGUGUCCUAUCAGCAAACAACUUGAAGAGAUCAGCUCUAUCUGCCAAGAGGAGACGUCCAAUUCAGUUGAACCACAAUGUACCACAACAACAAGUGGAUAUGUUGAUUCAAGGAAUAAACCAGAUGUUUCAAGACAUGAACCUUACCUUAUCUCGACCAUUUGGGAACAAUGCUGUUGUUCAGGUUGCCUUGGGUCGUGUUUUGAAGGCGGUAGUAACCUUCAAAGGUAUACUGAUAGAGUGGGUGGUUGUACGAGCUCAUAAUGAGUCCCUGUUAGAUGAAGAUGGUAAGGUGGACUUGUACACUCCAUCUCAAUAUAAAGUAUUCCAGAAGGUCACUGAUAAUGCAAAUGCUGCCAUGCUGAAUUUCUGUUCUCCAGGAUUCUCAGACCUGUCUGUUCGAUCAUUUUUUACAUGGCUCCACAGCUUUGUUUCACUCUUUAAUGAUGUUUGCAAGAAGUGCAACUAUCAUCUGCACAACCACAUGCCUCCAACUUGGAGGGAGUUCCGGACACUAGAUCCAUUUCACGAGGAGUGCAAACCUUGAUGCCUGUCAUUGGGGGUCAUUACUGCAUGAUCAUCUGAAAUGUUGAAAGAAAUGCAUUUUAUUAAAUAUGAUUUAUAUUUUUUUCUGAUUUUGUGAAGGUAUGUAAUUAUGUAUUUUGCAUAUAACAAAUCCUUGUGAAACAUAUGACAUCAGAUUGUUGAUAUAAAUCUAUUACGUUACCAAAAUCCUAAUAUUUUAUUUGUUGUAAACACACAUAACACGUACUAUAGUUUGCAUUUUCUAUGAAUUUAAAUUAUCUACCACCCUGAAAACUUUGCUACCCUAAAAAUGUUCAAGAAAGAAAUUUUAAGAGUUUUUAUUAAAUAAAGAUCAAAUACUGAA